UUUACAUUCUUUCAUCAAGAACGGAAAAUUAGAUUUCUUCCUUCAUUUAUUUUGCAAGAAAAAAAAAAAAAAGUCAUUUCAUUCUCUCGUAUAUGAAAAAUUAACCAGCUUCAUUCGAUAUUAAGAAAAAAAAAAAAAAAAACACAAUAGAACUUCAAAUUGGAUUUAGAGAGUUUCUACAAAAGAUAGAAAAGCUUUAAAUCAUUUACCACAAUGACACAAAGUAUGCAUAUUUACUCAAAGGAAAACUCGUUCGGCCGAUCUGAUUUUCCGGAGGGAUUCCUCUUCGGUACGGCCUCAUCAGCUUACCAAUAUGAAGGAGCCAUAAACGAAGCUUCUCGAGGAGAAAGUGUUUGGGACACAUUUGUUCGCAAGUAUCCAGAGAGAAAUUGCUACUCUAACGCUGAUCAAGCAAUCGAUUUCUAUAACCAUUACAAGGAAGAUAUCCAAAGAAUGAAGGAUAUUAACAUGGAUGCUUUCAGAUUCUCCAUCUCUUGGCCUCGGAUUUUUCCCCACGGAAAGAAAAGCAAAGGAGUGAACAAAGAAGGAAUCAAAUUCUAUAACGAUCUUAUUGACGAACUCCUCGCUAACGGAAUCACACCUCUAGCUACUUUAUUUCAUUGGGAUACUCCUCAAGCACUUGAAGAUGAAUACAAUGGAUUUCUAAGCGAAAAAGCUGUUGAUGAUUUCAAAGAUUUUGCGGCCUUGUGUUUCGAAGAAUUUGGGGACCGUGUAAAAUUGUGGGUCACACUAAACGAGCCAUGGGUCUAUAGUAUUGGUGGUUACGACACGGGAAGAAAAGCUCCCGGACGUGCCUCCAAAUACAUGAACGACGCAGCGGUUGCUGGAGAAUCUGGCCUCGAGGUUUACACUGUUAGUCACAAUCUACUUCUGGCUCACGCAGAAGCCGUUGAAGUCUUCAGGAACAAUUCAAAAUGUAAAGAUGGCAAGAUUGGUAUCGCUCAUUGUCCCAUAUGGUUUGAGCCUUAUGAUUCGAGCGACCCUGAUGAUAAAGAAGCAUGUGACCGAGCUAUGGAGUUUAUGUUUGGCUGGCAAAUGGAUCCUACGGUGUACGGAGAUUACCCUGAAGUCAUGAAAAAAUCGAUUGGAAAAAGAUUACCCACAUUCACCGCAACCCAAUCCAAGAAGCUACGAGGAUCGUUUGACUUCGUUGGAGUGAAUUAUUAUAGUGCUUUCUACGUCAAAAGUAUUGCUGAAGUGAACCAUGACACGCCCAACUGGAGAUCAGACGCACGCAUUGAAUGGAGAAAACAAAACAAAGCAGGAGAGACAUUGGGUGCUAAAGGUGGCUCAGAAUGGGACUUUCUAUACCCACAAGGACUUCGAAAGUUUCUAAGUUAUGCCAAGAAAAAAUAUGAAAGCCCAAAAUUUAUGAUCACUGAAAACGGACACUGUGAUGUAGAUUACGGGAAAACUCCGAAACUUUCUAAUUUGAUGGAUCUCGAAAGGACAGAGUACCACAAGAAACAUCUCCAAAGCAUCCAACAAGCCAUCCAGGAGGAUGAGGUUGAAGUUGAAGGAUACUUUGCAUGGUCGUUAUUAGACAACUGUGAAUGGAACGCAGGUUAUGGAGUCCGAUACGGGCUGAUCUACGUCGAUUACGAUGACGGACUAAAACGUUUUCCGAAAAUGUCGGCGAUGUGGUUCAAAGAAUUCUUGAAGAGAGAAGAAGAAGUUGAAGAUUCAGAGGAAGAAGAGUACGUGUUGAAAUCUGCAAUGAACAAGAAGAGAUUCUUAUUAGCAAAUGGUUCAGCUUCAAAUCAAACUAUUCCUAAGAUGUCUGAUGAAUCUUCUAAACCCCUCGAACUUUUGAUAAAGCAAAGCAAAGUAUCUUCAGUAAAGAGGGAUUAAAGGGUUCUUUGCGGCUUUAAACUUCCUUCCACUUUUGGUCUCCUUUGUUCACAUCUUGGAUUCAAUUCAAUUAAAAGAUAUAAAGGGUUAAGUGUAUCAAACAGAAAAAAAAAAAAAAGGUUCAAUUUUUGCGUUCGCUGGUUUAUAAAAGACAUCGUGGUAUGCAAACUAAUUUGUGAUCAUGAAUUGAUUCAUGACAGCGGCAUGAUGAGGAGCAAUGUAUCAUUUUUUCAGUUAAAAGAAUGAAUUUAAAUUAAAUAUAUUUCAGUAGUAUUUCUAUUUUCUAUAGAUUUUAUUCCUCAAAU